CCCUUUUGCUAUGAGCUCUUUUCUCCUCUUUCUUCUUCCUUUGCUUUUGGCUAGGGGCGCGCGUGGCGAUGGUGUGGGAUUCUACUCCAUUGGCAGCACGGGGAUGUGAAUUCCCGCGGUGCCGGGGAGGGGAUUGGAGGUGAUCUUGGCCGGGGGAGGGUUUGAUUUGGCUAGAAUCGGUAGGAAUCCCUAGUCGCCGGGGCCGAAACGAUGAGCGACGAUACGACGGAUGGAGAGGGUUUUCCUAUAGGAAUGCGCGUGCUAGUUGUGGACGAUGAUCCAUUGUGCUUGCUCCUCCUCAAGAAGAUGCUCCUACAGUGUAAAUAUCACGUGACUGCGUGUAGCAGGGCCGUGGAAGCGCUGCAGCUGCUACGCGAGAAGAAAUUUCAAUUUGACCUCGUCAUCAGCGAUGUCUACAUGCCAGACAUGGAUGGAUUCAAGCUCUUGGAGCUCAUUGGCUUGGAAAUGGAUCUUCCAGUCAUAAUGAUGUCUGGCAAUGGAGAGACGAGCGUGGUGAUGGAAGGGAUCACGCACGGCGCUUGCGACUAUCUCCUCAAGCCCGUGCGCAUCGAAGAGCUCCGGAACAUCUGGCAGCACGUAGUGCGAAAGCGUGGAGCCAAAGAGGCUGCCAAGGAGGAAUCGUCCGGAGAAUGGGACGAUAGCAGCGAGAAGUUCCCGGAGUACACGUCCAAGAAGAGGAAAGACAAGGAUGCCGAUAGUUCGGGUGGUGAUGACCCGAUAGAAGACAUGUCCGGCCUCAAGAAAGCUCGAGUUGUCUGGUCCGGGGAUCUCCACAGGCUGUUCGUCAAGGCAGUGAAUCAGCUGGGCGUUGAAAAAGCGGUGCCAAAGAGGAUUCUGGAGAUUAUGAGUGUCCAAGGACUCACGAGGGAGAAUGUCGCAAGUCAUUUGCAGAAAUAUCGCCUGGGACUCAAGCGCUUGAGCGGGGUGGACAUGGAACCUCAUCCGAUUGCUUCGUUCCAGGCUGACGAGAGUGGUAGCUUUGGUGGCUCGAUGUUCGUCCGCCCGGCUGGAUCAUCCAAGAGCUCCAUCGCUCGGACAACCUCGUGUGCCGGUGGUGUGUUCGGGAAAGGCGUGGAGCAACUUGAUCCCGGGACUUUGACAGCUCUCAAGCAGCUCCAGUCAUCGAUUCGUGGUGGUGGUGGCGGAGGCAGUGGUGGAGCACAGGUUUUGAAAGGUCCUCGAGCUCUCAAGAUGAGGCAGGUUGCGUUUGAUCGGAACCAAAGCGGUGGAGGUGGAGGAGCUUUGCAACGAACAGCAUCGAUCGAGCUGGGAAAUUUGAAGAUGCAAGACGAGUGGGGAAGCGCUUGGAGUGUAGCUCCAACGGCGAAUGCAGCGGCGAUCAAGGAGGAGCAGCGGUCUGGAGGAGAGUCGAGCUUUAGUAGCUCGGUGGAGGAGCAAAUGGAUUUGCCGGAUCUUGCAUCGUUCAAGGCUGCAGCACCAUCGAACCAGCAGCCACAGGGACUAAACAGGAUCACAGAGGAUUCGAGCGUAGAGCUGGACGACUUUUGCCUCCCCGAGGGGUCCAAUUACUUCAUUCCACCAUUGCCACCGCCACCAUUUCCAUCCUUACAACAGCAGGAGAACUGGUCGAUAGAUUUCUAACAGCAAAGCUAAGAGGAGAAAAAGGUACGCUCUCUCUACCAAUCUGGUAAAUGAUGAAGCUGGUUAGAAGCUUGUGAUGCUCCUAAAGCCUCGCAUCAUCCAUCUCAUCCUCAUCCUCAAGAAAGAAAAACAAAAGCUAGUCUCUACACUAUUUGCGUUUAUAAGAUGCAAGAGACAAAGAUGAGCCAAAAAUCUCAGAAUAUAAAAUUCUUGUCAUCCGACUUUCA